AUGGUGAUAAUCAACUCCAACAGUGGCCGAAUCUGCAAUUCCCCGACACCGGAAAACCCAGUGGAGCCAAGCUCAGGAGCAAGUAUGGAAGACACCGCUGAUGAGAAUGUUGCGGACAAUGUAAUAUCAUUGGAAGAGCAAACGUUAGGAAAAAAUGAUCCGAUGGUGCCGAAGGUGGGAAUGACGUUCAAUGAAGAAAAAGAAUUGUGGGACUUUUAUAAAGGAUAUGCGUAUUAUGUUGGGUUUCCAGUUAGGAGAAGGAAUUCAAAAAAAGGGGAUGAUGGGAAAAUGAAAUAUGUCACCUUCACAUGUAGCCGUGAAGAUUAUCAUGGGAUCUGGAGAAUUAACAAAGUCCACCUCGACCACAAACAUAAAACAAGUCCUUCGAAGUCGAGGUUGUAUCGUUUUAAUUGGGAGUUGAGUUCACAUGUGAAACAGAAGCUUGAAGUAAAUGAUAUGGUAGGAAUUCCAUUGCAUAAAAGCUACAACUCCGUAGUUGUUGAAGCAGGUGGAUAUGAAAAUAUUACUUGCGUGGAAAAGGAUUGUAGAAAUUAUGUUGAACAAGUGAAACGAUUAAGGCUUGGGGAAGGAGAUGCCGCAGCAAUACAGCCCUACUUUUCCAGGAUGCAAGCUCAUUGCUCGGGAUUCUACUUCAGCAUAGAUUUGGAAGAUGAGUCUCGUUUGAGAAAUGUAUUUUGGGCAGAUAAUAGGUGUCGGGAAGCAUACAAAGAAUUCGGCGACGUUGUCACAUUUGACACCACUUACUUAACUAACAAGUACGAUAUGCCUUUCGUCCCUUUUGUUGGAGUUAAUCAUCACGGACAAUCAACAUUACUCGGUUGUGGUUUGUUGUCAAAUGAGGACACGAAUACCUUUGUGUGGCUAUUUAGGACGUGGCUUCAGUGUAUGUAUGGAAAAGCUCCCCACAGAAUCAUUACUAAUUAA